GUUCGUCGAAACGCUCUAACCGUGACACGUAGACUGCAGUCGAGUGAGUGCGUGUAGAGUUGCAAAAGAACAAACAAAGGCGAAGAUGGCCAGAUAUUUCAAGGAGCAGGACAUCGACGAGUUCAGGGAAUGUUUCUACUUGUUUGCGCGCUCCGGACAGAUCAAGUCCCUGGACGAGCUGACUGUUAUAAUGAGGAGCUUGGGACUGUCCCCAACCAUCUCCGAGCUGGCUGGCUACCUGAAGCAGAAGGGUGGCAAAAUGUCCUUCGCUGACUUCCUGGAGGUGAUGCAUGUGCAUUCCAGAUCGGAGGAUCUGCCCAGGGAGGUGGUGAACGCGUUCAAAGCGGCCGAUCCGCAAGGCAAAGGGGUUAUUUCUGCUAAGCAGCUGAGGAUCAUGCUGCAGACGUGGGGCGAGUGCCUCUCCACCAAAGAGAUUGAUCGCAUCUUCAGGGAGGCGAACGUGCACAACAACAGCAUGGUGCGCUACGAGGAUUUCGUGAAGAUCGCCUGCGCCCCCAUUCCAGACUACUACUAGAGCUGCUGCAGAAAGGCCACUCACCUUAGUUAUAUAUUGCAUAAGAUGCUAUUAAUACACUGAUCAUCGGAGGAUCCAAUGUAUACAGCAUUUGUCUGCGGGGGGGCUUGCUUGCUUGCUGCUGUCUUAUGUGAAUGGAAAUAUCCCUGCGGGCAUCACAGUUUAUGAAUUUGGAUCACAGAAUAUUUAGGGACCUUCACACCAAAUUGUGUGGCAAACAUGACAACACACAUACACAAGGUUAUAUGACAUUAGCUUAUUAUUAUAUUAUAAUUUUUUUAAUCAAAAGUGAUCAAUUUCCAAUGGACUUGAAUUGCGCGCAGCUCAACUCCAAGAUACAAACCCCAAUUAUUUAAUAUCCACAUGAAAAUCACAUUUAUUUUUACUAUAUUAUAUAUGCAACUAAACAUACACAAAUACAUUAAACGUUCGGUAUUCUCAA